GGCGGUGGACGGGCUCUCCCGGGGUGAUUGUUCAGUCAUGGCGGCCGCAGCUGAGAGCGGGGAGAAGGUGGCGGGCGGGGAGGAGAGGCCGGGACAGCCCCAGGCCCAGGGCCAGGCCCAGGGGGACAAGGGCAGCUUCGAGUGUAACAUCUGCCUGGACACGGCCAAGGACGCGGUCAUCAGCCUCUGUGGACACCUCUUCUGUUGGCCAUGUCUCCAUCAGUGGCUGGAGAUGAGACCCAAUCGACAAGAAUGUCCUGUCUGCAAAGCCGGCAUUAGUCAAGAGAAGGUCAUCCCCCUCUAUGGGCGAGGCAGCAGCAGUCAGCAAGAUCCCAGAUUGAAGACUCCACCCCGACCACAGGGACAGAGAACAGAGCCAGAGAGUAGAGGGGGUUUCCAGGGAUUUGGAGACACCGGAUUCCAUAUGUCCUUUGGGAUCGGAGCUUUUCCAUUCGGAUUCUUCACCACCGUCUUCAACUCGAGUGAGAACAGACAAAGAGCGGAUGAGAGACAACAUCCCACCAACGGCGGCAUGGACUGGGAAACCUUCUUCGGGGCAAACCGGGGCCAUAACAGCAACAACUGGGACUCACUCUUCCUCUUUGUUGCCAUUUUCUUCUUCUUCUGGCUGCUGAGCGUGUGACUGGCUGAGAACAUCUGCGUAUCAAUGUGGGCAGUGAUUUCGGGCACUCAAUUGGGGGUUCAUACUGAUCAAUAAAUGCCUAAAGCCAA